AUGGGGGUUCCGAAUCAUGAGGGACCGGCCUAUGUCGCUUUGCGCCCAUGUAACACAGCAGCUCCGGCGCAAGGCGGAGAAGCCGUCUUCCGUGGCAGUUUUUUGACUUGCACGAUGAGCUCUGGCUGCAAAGUUGGCCCCCCACAUGAUGGCGCUUCACGCAGAAUAUCAGGCAACUGUGGUUCUUUUGCGGCAAAAUAUAUGCUGUUGUUUGUUUUGUUCGCGAGUUGCGGACUAGCGGGGUUCUUCUUGGGCACCCUUUACGGACCUGCAAAUUACAAUGUAAGCCAAAAGGCCGGGGACGACGCUUCCUUCUCCAGUCGGCCGCAAGCCCGCCGCCUUUCUGAUUCGAACAAUUACGGGUCUGGAAACGAUGGUGAUUCGGGAGAGGGUGGGAACUCCGACGCAGUAAGAGGCAGCACUGAUUGGAAAGACAAAUCAGAAAGUUCCGAAGGUGCAUCCGCGGGUCGGGAGAGAGACCAGGGAGCUGAUCCGUUGGUAGGGUCAACUUCAGCAAACUCAACAGACGCCGUAGUGCCUUUUGAAGGGGAACAAGCAUUGUCGGGUACUCCCGCCGCUCCGGUUCCAGGCGCUGGUGUGGAAAAAAUCGACAACGCGGGCAAGCCGAACUCUCACAAAAGCCCCAGGCCGGAUCUGUACAGGACGGAGCUUUGCUCCAUGCUGAGAGAUGAUCCAGGGUUGCACGUCUGGUAUGCGCUCAUGGUGCUGUGGGUGGCUGAGUGGCCGACGUACGCACGACAUGGAAAUGGCGGCGAUGCGUACUUGAAGUAUCUUCGCGGUUUGGCGGAGAACUUUGAAGUGCCGAGACACGCAGCCUCUCAGAUCCAAUGCUUGUUUGCGGACGAGCUCGUUUGCGGCACGCCGACCUUCUUUUUGGGAGGAUUGGACGUUGUAGGUAGAGAUAUUCACCGUUUUCAAGACCUGAUAACGGUCUUGAAGAAGUAUAAACAGAACCAGCAUUUCAUGGACUUGGUAUCCUACACUCAAUCGUCGAAGCUGCCUGCCGAUGUCUCCAUCUCGGGCUUUCCUAUGCUUUUGAGAACCGCCUUUGAGGGUUUGGCUUUCACGUUUAGCAGGCGGCUCUACAUCAAAUCUGAUAAGAAAAGUGAAGGCAAAUCAUCCAAACGAUCUGAAGGUACAGGCUCGAUGACUAUGAGUGGAUUUUACAACACAUACGUGUGGCAGUACCAGCUUAACCAGGUCCAGUAUUGGAUGCUGAUGAUGAUGGCCAGUAUAAUGAAACGGAUCGUCUCUAUCAGGCCCCAUGCUGGCAUUAUGGUCUUAAAGUUUGACUCAUCUCAGGCCCCUGGAAUGGGUCUUGCUCGAGGGGUCCAUGGCCCGGACAAAGCAGCGAUUGAUUCUCUGCAACGCCAAGUGGCUGCGAGCAUCGAAGGAAAGCUGGAUCGUUCUUUACAAAGGUUUUCAACUUUGCAGUUUGUGCAGGGUGUGCCAAUGGCUGCUACUUCGGCCAUGAGGCCAAAUGUGUCUGUUACGGGGUACUUGGAACUUACGCAUACUGGCACCUUUGUAGACCACGGCAUCUUUGGUAUGGACAUGGAAACUGACACUCUAGAAGAGUUGAAAGAGAGGAUGCGGCCUGGAAAUCUCCUGGUGGAUGUUUCACUCGUUGACCCCUGGACUUCAAAGCCCCCCAGUGAAUGGCCUGACCCAUUGCAGCGCGACGUCUUGGCUCUGACAGCGUACACCGCUACGCAGCUCCUUUGUGCCGAGAUGCAGUGGGAUCCAUCCUUGGGCAAUCUUGGGCGUGUUGAGGUUGUUUACUCCGGGUUUACAGAUGUUUAUGACUCAACGGGUGGCACGCAACAGGGAAAAGCCAAAUUCGACCCGGAUGUGCAAGUGUUGCUGCUACGCGACAAUCAGAAAUAUGUUGAAGACGCGCAGGAAGAGGGCAGCAAAAAGAAAAUUAUAAGCCUGAUGGCGCAGGAGCCUAUGCAGUGGGUACAGAAGAGGGUUAUAGAUCCAGAGAGGAUUCAGUGGAGAGGUGUUGCCAGGCUGUUGACAGACGGGCAAAUGUACAGGAAGAACGCUUUUGGCAUGGGAUUGCCCCCGGCACUCCGCCGCAACGCGGAAGAACUCCUCAAACCCAACGUUGUCCUAAUCCAUAUCGUUAUUCAGGGUCUUGGGCACCUGAAUGGCGAUACUUUAGGCUUCGACAUGACAGCUAGCGAAAUGGCGAGCCGGCUCGUAAGACGCUGUCGCGGAAUCUACGACCCCGUCCUCCUCAAAGCCGUAACCCCGUUUGUUAAGGUGCAGGUAAAGAAUGAACAGAAAUGUGUCGGAGACAUGCCAAAAUGGGUGGUCUUAGUCGCGACCUCUGGUGUAGCCUUGUUCUUUAUCAUCUUAAUUACUCUUUUGUUGUACCACGACAAGAUCAAGCUUCCAUGGUGGAUAAUGUGCAUCUGUAGCAGUCGUGCACCGUGGGAAGAGUCAUCUUCAGCCACUAGCUUUUCGAAUGUUUUCACACCAGAGGUUCUAGACAAACCAAGUAAGUCCACCCGGGACAUAAUUGCAUUUGCACCCCCAAUAAAGGAAACUACAUCUUCCCUCCCUUCUUAA